UUGGUGUGUGCGUGCCACAGCCAUACUUAGCCCGCCAAAAGUGUUUUGUUUGCGCUCGUUUGGAAAAUUUUAUUAGAAACGUGAAUAAUUCGUGUGACAGAGCCAAUCUAAUGAGUCCAGCAAAUGCAUCAAAUCCAGACAUUAGCAUCGAUGAGGAAGACGAGAUACUGGCACUGGAAAAACUGCUGGGCGAAGCAGAGAACGAUAACGCAGAGUCAGCAGCAACUUCGGUGGUCGCCGCACCACGGCUGCGGGAAGACAGCAGUUUCGCCAAUGCAUUCAGCUUCGAGAAGGCCGUGAAGACCGCCCCAAAAUCAACGACGGUUGACAAGGCAACGCCCAAAGAGCCGGAGCUCGAUUCGUCCGAUGACGAGGAAGUCAAGAACUUCUUGGAACGGAAAUACAAUGAAUAUGGCACAGACAUCAACAAGACGCUCAAACAGCAACGGGAAAGCGCGCACGAGUCCAAGGUGGCGCGGGAGGUGGAUCAAGACAUCAAGACCACCAAGUUUAUCAGCUCAACGCCACAGCCGAUGAAGAACCCGCACAAUCCCAUCAAGCGGCAGGGCGCAGCGACCAGUUCAUUUCAGAAGCCAGUGGCAGCGGCACAGGCGAAUCCCAUCGCGCCAAAGCAACCAGUUUCGGCGGUCUACACAGAUCCUGUGUUCGGUUUACGGAUGAUCAAUCCGCUGAUCUCCAGCACAUUGCUGCAGGAGCGUAUGGGUGGGCGUAAGGCUGUGCCAUUCUCGGGCGUGGCCUAUCACAUAGAACAGGGAGAUCUGGCCAAGGAUUGGGUGUUGGCUGGAGCCCUGGUCUCGAAGCAGCCUGUGAAAAACACGAAGAAAGGAGAUCCGUACUCCACGUGGAAGCUGUCGGAUCUGCGCGGCGAGGUUAAAACGGUUUCCAUAUUUCUCUUCAAGGAGGCCCACAAGACGCUGUGGAAAACAGCCGAAGGUAUGUGUCUGGCUGUGCUAAAUCCAACCAUAUUCGAGAAGCGUGCAGGCAGCAGCGAUGUGGCCUGCCUCUCUAUCGACUCUUCGCACAAGGUUAUGAUCCUCGGGCAAUCCAAAGAUCUUGGAACUUGUCGCGCAACCAAAAAGAACGGCGACAAGUGCACAUCCAUUGUCAACCUCACUGACUGCGAUUAUUGUGUGUUCCAUGUGAAGGCUGAAUAUGGUAAGAUGUCCAGGCGCUCGGAACUGCAAUCGGCCACCGCGGGACGUGGUCUGAACGAGCUGCGCAACAAGGUUUUGGGCAAAACAGAGGUCUUCUAUGGUGGUCAAUCGUUUACGGCAGUUCCGGCCAAGAAAAGCUCAAAGCUGAUUUCCAAGGAACGCGAUCGUCUGAGCAAGCUGGCUGGCUACGAUAUUUCGCCCUUUGCCCACACAGUUAACCAUGCCUCGAAGCCCCGAAUCGACACACCACCCAGCGUGCCCUAUGCAGAGCGAGGCGGUCCCGUAUCCCGACUGGCUGGUGGUGUUGAGGCUUCCUCAAAGCAAAGGCUACAGGAUCUCGAGCGAUUGCGUUUGCUUAAAGCGGAAAACGAUCGUUUCGAAAAGGAGUCCAAAGGCAAUGUACUGGGAGGAGCCGACACUCCGGGCACACCCACAUCUAAAGCCACCCCAACACCUGGAACACCCACAUCUAAGCCAACACCAAAACCUGGGACACCAACUACACCCAGCAGCGUGCCGGAGAAAUUCAAGAAUCGCGGAUUCUCCUUUGAUGUCAGCCUGACGCCCAAACUGUCUGGCAGCGAGAAUUUCAGCCUUGAAGUCAACAUUGGGGCACGACAGGCAGCGAGUGCCAAGCUUAGAGCAGCUGCCCUGCUGAAAAAGAAGCCGUUGGAAAAGGUAAAUCCGAACUCUAUACGCGGCUCAGAGACGGGCAAGCGGCGAGCAAUCGAUGACCUCAACGAGAAGUUUUCCACUGGAGCAAAGAGGCAAAAGAUCGAAGAGGAUGAGCGCGAGCUGAUGCGCAAGUCGCGCAUUGAACGGAUAAUGGCAGCCACGUCGUCGCACACGAAUCUGGUGGAGAUGCGGGAACGCGAGGCCCAGGACGAGUACUUCAACAAGCUGGAGCGCAAGGAGGCCAUGGAGGAGAAAAUGUUGGGCACGUUCAAGAUGCCCUGCAAAGCGGUCAUUUGCCAGAAGUGCAAGUACACCGCCUUCUCGGCGGCCGAUCGCUGCAAGCAGGAGGGACAUCCGCUGAAGAUAGUCGAUGCCGAGAAACGAUUCUUCCAGUGCAAGGACUGCGGCAAUCGCACCACCACCGUCUUCAAGUUGCCAAAGCACAGCUGCAAGAACUGCAAGGGUUCACGCUGGGAACGAGCGGCCAUGAUACGCGAGAAGAAGGUCUGCACUGGCAGGGAGUCGCUCUCUGUGCGUGGCGACGAGGAGACCUUCCUGGGCAGCGUGGCCAGCAGCGCCAGUCUCAAUCUGCUUGUGCCCGCAGAGGAAUAAUAAAUAUUCAACGAUAUAUUUGUUGUAUUUUAAUGUUUUACAUAAAUGUUAGUGUAGAUUCUUA